UGCCAUGAAACUUUCAAAAAGGAAAGGGAACGAAACAUUCAUCUUGUUUUGCCUACCCAUCACCAGCUUUCUUGAUUAUCCAUGAUGAAUACUCCCACCCUUUUCUCUCUCUAUAUACCCUCUUCUUCCCCACACAAACACAAAAAGAAACAACUGCUCCCCUGUCAUUUCGCUUCCAUAUCUCUCUGCAUCUCUGUUUCUUCAUUAUUGUUUCCUCAAGUUUGACUGAUCAUGGAGACUGUCGAGUUAAAAGUGGAGAUGGCUGGGAUAAACUGCGAGAGAAGAAUAAGGAAAUGUCUAUCCAAAAUAAAAGGGAUUGAAAGGGUUGAAGUGGAAUUGAGCACCCAAAAGGUAACAGUGAUGGGGUAUGCACACAGAAAUAAGAUCCUCAAAGCCCUAAGGAGAGGGGGUCUCAAAGCUGAUUUUUGGUGCACACAAAAUGAGAUACUUCUCAAUACAUAUGCUGGAGGGAGCUAUGGGAGCAUGAGACCAAAUACCUUCACCUUCUUCUAGUCAAGCUAUGCUUUUGUUAGUACUUCAUGGAGAGGGGAGAGCUUAAAUAUUUGAAACCUCCAUAUGACCAUGGUUCUUCUUUAAAACACACUUCUCCUUUCCUUUCCUUUUCUUUUCUUUUUUUUUUUUCUUUCUGUGUUUCUCAAGGGAGUA